AGUCAUUUUCUUUAGGACUUCGGACGAAUCUGGAGCAACUCGCGGUCCGCUGUUUAGCACCAAUCGCAAAACAAAACUCCCCAAAAUGUUUCUGUUGGUUCUUUUGACGGCUUCUGCGUUUGUUUCGGUUUCCGCCUACAAAAAUGGCGCGCCGACUUUUUUGUGUGCAGGGACUUUUAACAGACCUGUGCAUGAAACCAACCUUCCGAAUAACAAACCGGCGCCAUACAAAUUUGUUAUGAACGCUACUGGAGUAUACCGCCCGUCAGAACCAAUUUCUAUCACUCUUCACGGGAACGGGGUCUCGUUCAAGGGUUUCUUCGUGACGGCUGACACGACGACGGGGAUGUUCGACGGCAGCGUCCUCAACACCACCAUGGGGGAGAAGGCCGUGCCCAGCUGCGGCAUGACUCACGUCGACAACAGCACGAAAAUGGCCAUCACCUUGGUGUGGACUCCCCCGAAACGCGCCCACGUCGGAAACAUCCAGUUUGUUGCCACUGUUGUUUACAACUUCACCUUGUACUGGAGCAACGUCAGAAGCGAUUAUCUAGAACCGGAUAUGACGCAAUAUCGUGAUCUCGAUGUUGUUAUGCAAGAGAUGGCGGCCGAACAGCAAAAACUGAUACUGGCUCAGCAGAAACUCAUUAGAGAACAACAGGUCAAGAUGGUGAAAGAUGGUGCUCAGAACGCCCAAGGAGCGAACAAAGGACAGAAUAGCCAAAUUUACUAUGAUCCAUAUUAUCCUUAUUACAAUCCGACCGUCGUAGGCGCACAGCAAGGGGCCACGCCUCAAUCGGUGGGAUCCAGAGACAAUCAAGGUCAGGGACGCCAGGGUUAAUAAUCAUGAAGAAGGGCACACAACUCUAAAACUUAAAGACACGUUGCAUUCCAUAUGAGAUACAAUGAUCUUCAUAUCUUUUGGACAUGAAAAAUAAUAAUAGUAUACAAUAAUAUAUAUAUAUAGGUUAUGUAUAGACAAUUUUGUAAUACAUACAUAAUAAUUAGAACACAGUAAUGCGAGUUUUAUUGCACUAAAGAAAAGAAUUUGUUGAUUAGCAACUAUUGCCAUACCUGCUGCAUCAACUCCUCGGCGCACUGGUAUGAAACACAUUUGGUACUAUUGAACGAUAAUGUGUUACACAAGCGUUUUAUUGUUCUUUUGGAAAUAAAUAUUUAAAACAUCA